UCCCGCGAGGCGUACCAAGGGUGUUCCCGGAGGCGUACCGCGAGGCGUACCGUGAGGCUCGGCGCCAUGGAGCACGUGAAGCUCGCCCACGGCAUGCACCUGCACGGCCUGCAGCACGGCGGUGUGCUCCGCGUCCCGGACAAGCAGAAGCACCGCGGGGUGCGCUGCUGGGUGCUGGCGGCCGGCAUCGCCCUCGUCGUCACCUUCGUGUUCGUGGGCAUCACUCUGUGGCUGGGCCUGAGCGCCGCCACUAAGAUGGCCACCACGGCGCAGCACGACGCGCCCAGCAGGGACCCCUUCAAGGACUUGAGGGUGGCGCCCCAGCUGCAGCCGCACCCCCCUGUGCACUCCCACCCCCGAGACCGGCAGCCCGCACAGCCAGCGCAGCCAGCGCAUCCACCGCAGCCAGCGCAGCCCUCGCCGGUGGUGCACGCCCCCAAGAAACGCAAGGGCCAGGUGGAGAAGGUGCAACAGCCAGACGCGACAAGUACGGACGCUGUCGCCACCCCCGCGACGUCGUCCACCUCAACUUCAACUACGACGUCCACGACAACAAGCACGACGACGACGACGACCAGCACAACAUCUACUACCACCCCCGAGCCAGAGGUGCCAGAGGUGCAGGAGGUGGCAGAGACACCGCAGCUGGAGUACAGACACCUCCCACAGAAGAGUGUUCCGCGCGAACCUCUGCAGAGUGCGGUGCCGCCCCCGCAGCCGCCCCCGCGCCGGCCGCCGCCGCCCCCUCGCGCCUGGUCGCAGCCGCUGGACGCGCCGCCCCCGCCGCCCCCAAUGGGGCCGUGGGCCCCCGCGCAGGAGCUGCGCCCGCCCCCGGAGGCCGACCCCAUGAUGGCGGAGGCGGCGAGCGCGCCGGAGUGGAGGCACGCGCUGAGCGACGAGCCCCCGCAAGCUGUGGACGAGACCUUCCACUACGACGGCGAGGCCCCGGAGGAGGCCGACAGCCCCGUGUUCGUCUUCGUGCAGGACCGCCUGCACGCACUCAAGGACUGGCUGGCCGCCAGCCGCGCGGGGCAGGACUGGCAGGACAUGGUGGGCGCCGUGAACGCGUCGCUGUACCGCGCGGACCCGGGGCCGGCGCUGCGCCACCUGCGGGAGAUGUACUACAACACGAGCCUGUCGGCCGCCGACGGCGAUAAUGUGCCGCUCGCCUCCCUCGUGUACCCCACGGACCCGGCCGUGCUCAGCAACGCCACGAGCCUCGUGUCCUUCGGGCUGCUGGCCUUCGACCUGCUGCUGCUGCGGAACGUGCAGCUGCUGGCGCGCGGCGAGGACGGCCCGGCCGGCCAGCGCGCCGAGCAGCUCAUGCGGGACCCCGAGGUGCGCGCGCUCGGGGCGCUCUUCAUGCCGCCGCAGGAGGUGCAGCGCAUGCGCCAGCUGGCGCACGAGGACGACG